AUGGGAUGUGAACAACUGCAUUUAAACCAUCUCAGCUUUGGUGAUGAUGUUUUAUUGUUCUGCAACGGUGACUAUAAAAGUGUAAUUUAUCUUCUUCAGGGUCUGAAGGUCUUCUCUCAAACAUCUGGACUGUUUCCUAAUGCAUCAAAGUCUGCUAUGUACUGUAGUAACAUGCCAAGACAGGAUGUUACUAGAGUACUUGAUGCAUCUGGAUUCACUCAACAACUACUGCCUUUCACUUACCUAGGUGUUCCAAUCUGUGCUAAAAGGAUUUCUAGCAAGGAGUGUUGCAUACUUGCUGAAAAGAUGAUUGCACGCAUAAGAACUUGGAGUUCUAGGCAUAUCUCUUUUGCUGGCAGAGCAGUGCUAAUAAACUCUGUUUUGCUAACAAUCCAUGCCUAUUGGAGCCAAGUUAUGCUAUUGCCUAAGAAAGUAAUUAAAGAAAUUGAAGCUAUCUGUAGGGCUUAUUUGUGGAAGGGACAAUCCAUGUUUCAAGGAGCAGGAGCUAUUUCAUGGGACAAUGUUUGCGAAACAAAGAUAGCAGGGGGCAUUAGAUUCAAAAAAGUUAGAGAAUGGAACCAAGCUGCAAUGAUCAAAUACAUAUGGGCAGUGGCUAACAAAGAGGAAAACAUGUGGUUUUAUAACAGAAAAAUAGCAGAUGGCUACAAAUCGUUGUGUCCUGUUCUGCAAAAGCAAAGGUGGAGUGAGCAAGGAAGAUUGAGGACAAAAGACAGGUUAUACAAGUUUGGAAUCAGUGAAAAUGUUUGUUGUGUUCUCUGCAACAUGCAGGAUGAAAAACAUGAACACAUGUUCUUUAAUUGCAGCAAAAUUAGAGGGUGUUUUGUUGAGAUUGCUACUUGGAUGGGAUGGAAAACAAUUGAUACUACACUUACCCGUGUCAUCAGAAUGAUACAAAGAUCAAAGGCAGGUUGUACAAAAUAG